CGUUUGCACUUCGAUCGUACCGCCCGCAGCUAUAAGACCCCCGCUAUAGGAACGAUACAUGUACAUGCAGAGCACCAUCAGUGGAGAAUAGAGCAGAGCACACCAAUGGCGUCUUCCUACCGAGGCCUCCACAUUAGCCUCGCGCUCCUCUUCGUCAACCUGCUGCUUCUUCUCCGACACGCCCAUGGUGCAGCAGCAGGCGCGGCUAAAAGCAAAGUCUCGGCCGUCUUCGUGUUCGGCGACUCCAUUGUCGAUCCCGGCAACAACAACGACCGGAUCACGGCGGCCAAGGCCGACUUCCCGCCCUACGGCCAGGACUUCCCCGGCGGGAAUGCAACCGGGAGAUUCUCCAAUGGCAAGGUACCUGGGGACAUAAUAGCUUCCAGGUUAGGAGUGAAGGAACUAUUGCCACCUUACAUCGGAGAGGAUCUUGAGCUAGGUGACCUACGCACUGGUGUUGUCUUUGCCUCAGGCGGCAGUGGAUAUGAUCCUUUAACUUCAAUACUCACGACUGCUACAUCGAGUACCGGACAGCUUGAGUUAUUCCAUGACUACAAGGAGAGGUUAAAAGCUUUAGUCGGUGAAGAGGAGACAACACGUGUUAUCUCUGAAGGCAUAUACUUCACCGUCAAUGGGGCAAAUGACCUCGCAAAUAAUUAUUUCUCAAUAAUUCCCUUGAGGCGCCAUCAAUAUGACCUUCCUACAUAUGUAAGAUUUAUUGUUUCUUCGGCCGUCAACUUUACAAUGAAAUUAAAUGAGAUGGGUGCAAAGAGAAUUGGGUUCAUUGGCAUCCCACCAAUUGGAUGUUGUCCUUCACAAAAAGAGCUUGGAUCAAGAGAAUGUGAGCCAUUGAGGAAUCAAGCGGCACAAUUAUUCAACUCUGAAAUCACAAAGGAAAUCCAUCGGCUAAAUGCAGAACAAACUGUUCCAGGCUCAAAGUUUGCUUAUCUUGAUAUAUACUAUAAUUUGCUUGAUCUCAUUCAGCGACCUAAUUAUUAUGGUUUCAACGAGGCUGCUGAGGGUUGUUGUGGCAGUACAGUACUAAAUGCAGCAAUAUUCAUUGAAAAUCAUCCUGCAUGUCCAAAUGUUCAAGAUUAUAUUUUCUGGGACAGCUUCCAUCCUACCGAAAAGGCCUACAAUAUUGUAGUUGAUAAACUCUUUCAGCAAAAUUUACAGGACCUACUGUGAAGAAAUCCACUCUGUACCGACAUAUGAACAAAUAUUAUUAGAAUUGCAAUUAGAUUUGAUAGAGAGUACUCAUGUGCGCAUUGAUUAUUUUGAGCAUGCAUUGUAUAUUUCUACAAGGAGUGAUUAUUUUGUUCUUUUGAGAAGGUCAGAGUUUGUUAAACAUAUACGAAAGUGUUGUGUUUAUUGACUCUUCUGGGUAAAUCAAGUGGCGUUGAAACUGUUGGAAGAUAAGGAAUUUGUUCUCAGUUGGUGUGGAUGUUGAGAACUUAUCUUACUUUUUUCGAUAAAGUAAAUAUAUUAAUAUCAGAAGAUACCAAUUACACUCAGCCUCUGCAACAACGUAAUAUCCUAAUGGCUAUUCUAGUGCUGA